UGUGAGCCCUCAUCAGCGCUGAUGUCUCCCUAACUCUAAACUCCAAGGUCCAACUUCAGAGCGAGGGAUCGGUCCCAGCCACAGGCAGUCCUUUCUGCCCAGGUCAGCAGAUCAGUAACUGAACACCACCUAUAAAGAUGGGAGACUUUGGAUUUCUGUCGGGCUUGCUGGACAAGGUCCAGUCCCACUCCACAGUUAUUGGGAAGAUCUGGAUGAGCGUCCUGUUUCUGUUCCGGAUCAUGGUUUUGGGUGCAGGUGCCGAGAGCGUCUGGGGCGACGAGCAGUCGGGUUUCAUCUGCAACACUCAGCAACCUGGUUGUGAGAACGUCUGCUACGACUGGACCUUCCCCAUCUCGCACAUUCGCUUCUGGGUCCUCCAGAUCAUCUUCGUCUCCACGCCAACGCUGGUCUACCUGGGCCAUGCCGUGCACGUCCUCCACAAGGAGAACAAGAUGAGGGAGCAGCUGUUGAGCCCUGGCGGGACGCGCAAAGUGCCCAAAUACACGGAUGAAAAUGGAAAAGUGAAGAUCAAGGGGAACCUGCUGGGGAGUUACCUGACCCAGCUCAUAGUCAAGAUCAUCAUCGAGGCUGCCUUCAUAAUCGGCCAGUACUACCUGUACGGCUUCGUCAUGGUCCCCAUGUUCCCCUGCUCCAAGGCGCCCUGUCCCUUCACCGUGGAGUGCUACAUGUCCCGACCCACGGAGAAGACCAUCUUCAUCAUCUUCAUGCUGGCGGUGGCCUGCGUCUCUCUGUUUCUCAACUUCAUCGAGGUGUUCUACCUGAUUUGUACCAGGGUGAGAUGUGGGUCCAGGCCUCACACUUACAAGACCACCGCCAAGAACCCUGCCAGCUUGUCAGAUGCCAGGUGGCAGAACAAGAUCAACAUAGAGCUGGAGAACAGCCAGAGUAUCGGGGGAAGCCUGGAUGGGGCCAAGGACGAGAAACGACCACUGAGUGGUUAUUAAAAAAACACUGCUCUGAUCGUUAUAAUGUAUUAAAUGCUCGUUUUCAGUAUUCUUCCCCAUGGUUCCUUGUUUAGACGCAUCUCACAGACUGAAUUAAAUGUCCUGUAAAAAUCAUGACAGAACACCAAGGAGAAGCUUCAUCACUGUGUAGUUAAAUCAUAUAUAUCUAUAUAAAGUCUGCACAAAUCUACAUGUUUUUAGGGCCACGUUGAUAGAAUUUUACAUAUAUUUUGUAUUUUUUAACUGAAAAUCUAAUGGAAAGCGUGCAAUAUUGAUAAUGUAUUUAUGUCUCUAAAUCUAUUAGUGAGCAGAGUUGUGUCUAUGACCAGUUUUUGAACGUGUCCUGUAAUAUUUCCAUGUUCAUUAUCCAGGACUUCAAAUCAAUUACUCACUGAAUGUUGAUGAUUUUGGUGAAAUGCUUGUUUCUACUCUAUUUGGUAGAGGCGUUGUUAUGUGUUUUAUUGUUUUAAUAAAUGAUUAUCGUUG